GAGGAGAAGAAGGAGAUGGUCUGCAGGAAGCGCCGCCUCCCUGGUUUCCCCUAAGGGUCAGACUGAGACAGUCGGAGCAGCGGCCGGCGUUGCCUCAGUGACCGCCCGGGCAACAGCGCAGACAAUGGAGCGCGCGCGGGGCACGGGGAAGCAUCCCACGCGCCUCUGAGUGGAAUGGUGCAGCGCGCCGAGCUCACUCAGCGCAGUCGGCAACAGGCGGAGGACACAAUGGAGAUACAGCAAAUGUGCACAAAAUUAUGCCAACAUAAACACCAUGAUCUAAAGGAUGAUGUUUCUGAGAAACAGUGUCCAGUGACUGUGAAUCCUCGCCAUAUGAAAAAUGCUUUUAAAGUUAUGAAUGAACUGAGAAGUCAGAACCUUUUAUGUGAUGUGACACUUGUAGCUGAAGAUACUGAGAUUUCAGCACACAGAGUUGUUUUGGCAGCUUGCAGUCCAUACUUCCAUGCAAUGUUUACAGGUGAAAUGAGCGAGAGCAAGGCAAAGAGAGUUCGCAUAAAGGAAGUGGACAGCUGGACGUUAAGCAUUCUUGUGGAUUAUGUUUACACAGCUGAACUUCAGGUUACAGAAGAGAAUGUACAGGUACUGUGUGAAGCUGCCUUCCUGCUGGUCAAUUUGGCAGAUUUCCUGGCCCCGUCUCUAGUGUGCACUCUUUAUAUGGCUCUAGCUGGUGAACCUGCUGCAGAGCCAAGAGAACAAAUGCUCCCCAGUCAGUGA